CUCCCCUCCCGGGCCCGGCCAUGCCUCGCGGCCCGUGGCGCCCGCUCUGCCUUUGCCUUCUCCUCUUGUUGCUGCUGCUGCACCCGUGCGCUCCAGACGGCCCCGGUGCCGCGAGGCUGGGUGAGGGCGCAGAGGAGCCAGGCUGGGCAUCGCUGUGGCCAGGCUUGCAGCACCUGCAGCAGCAGCUCAGGACGGCCGGGGCCCUCUCCAGGCGGUACUGGGCGCUUUUCAGCUGCCGGGUGUGGCCCGGGGAGUGCGAGGAGGAUGAGGUGGCCGCGACACCCCUAGGCUGGAGCCUGCCCGUGUUGGGCCAGCAGUAUGUGGAUAAGCUAGCUGCGUGGUACUGCCGCUUCCAGGACUGCUGCGACUCUGACGACUGCAGGAUCUCCAACAACUUCACAGGCUUAGAUUCAGACCUGAGCGUGCGACUGCAUGGCCAGCAUCUGGCCCGGGAACUGGUCCUGCGAACGGUGCGGGGCUACUUGGAAACUCCACUGCCAGACAAGGCCCUGGCUCUGUCAUUCCACGGCUGGUCAGGGACUGGCAAGAACUUUGUGGCCCGGAUAUUGGCAGAGAACCUCUAUCGGGAUGGACAGAAGAGCCCCUGUGUCAGGGUGUUCAUUGCCACAAUCCACUUCCCGCACUCCAAGUACGUGGAUCUGUACCAGGACUGGCUGCUGGGCCAGAUGCAGAAGGCACAGCAGCGCUGCCGCCAGACCCUGUUCAUCUUCGAUGAAGCCGAGAAGCUGCACCCCGAGCUGCUGGAGCUCCUGAGGCUGCAGCUGGAGCACCGAGCCCCUGAGAAGCCGGACGCCAGGCCCCAGAGAAGCAUCUUUGUUUUUCUCAGUAACCUCGGGGGCAGUGCCAUCAACCAGGCCGUCUUGGAUUUGCUGAGGGCUGGAAUGUCCCGGGAAGAAAUCACCAUCGAUCACCUGGGACCCACGCUUCAGGCCGAGAUGGCGGCAUCCCCAGGUAACAGCUUUGGCCACAGCCAUCUUGUGAAGGAAAACCUGAUCGACACCUUCGUUCCCUUCCUGCCGCUGGAGUUCCACCAUGUGAGGCUGUGUGCACGCGAUGCCUUCCUGAGCCAGGACCUGGCAUAUACAGAAGAGACCCUGGACAGAGUUGCCCAGACAAUGACCUACAUCCCCAAGGAGGAGCAGCGCUUCUCGUCCCAAGGAUGCAAAUCCAUUUCCCAGAGAAUCCACUACUUUCAGCCCUGACGGGCUCACCCAGGCCACCCAGAACCAUGGGCGCCCUCCAACAGGGGAGCCUGAGGCUGGCCUGAUGACUGUUGGCCUCUAGAAGGUAUUGCAGGGGUAGAGUGGCAUCCAGCUGUUGUUGAUGCAGAAACAGUGCCUUAAAGUGUUUUUUCAUGGUGUUGUAAUUUGUUGUGGAUGUUGUUAUGGUUGUUGUUGUGGCUGUUCUAACUCAUACCAGUUGUUGACCUUGUUUCAUCAUGACUUCUCAAUUAUGGAAAUGUAUAGUGAUGGAGUACUGGGGUCUAUCAUAUACAGAUGUGGGGGAAUAAUGGAACAUGCUUCCCUGCUUUCAGACGAAGGAUGGAUUCCCAAUGAAACUGUUGGGCAUGUGUGGACAAUGGGUUGCUGGACUGCCUGACAUUGUCUGUACCAACAAUAUCAGGGUACACUGAAAUCAGAGCCUAAUGGAAUUAUGAUUCCUUAGAAAGACUACACUAUUGUAGAAAACUGGGGAAAAUCUGUCAAGGGUGGGAAUUGGCAGGGGAAUCCCAGCCAAUACGAAAUUGUAGUACAUAAUUCAGGAUUCAA